CUUUGACUUCCUUCUGUUGGCUGAAUCGAAUAAGAACAGCAACAUGUACUUCAGGAAGAUAAAAAGCCAGAUACCCCAGUCAUCCCAUCAGCCUUUUUGGACCCAUCCUGAUUGCUGCGGAACUCAAAGGAAACACUACUGGACGUUAUGACCAUCAAAGCCAUCGUAUUUGAAGUCAACUGGACUGUAUGGAGUGGCAAGCUCGACCCGGCAAAGUGGGGCAAAGGUCACUCAGCUAGCAAGAAACUCGAAGACAACCUUGAGCGGGACGUCUCAGACAAGCAACUAAUUCGCGAUGUUAGCAACUACUCCCUCGAGAUACGCCUCUUUCAAGACAUGCCCAAGAUCAUUCACGAUAUCAAAAAGAGGCGUAUUCCCCUUGGUUUCGUCUCUAAGGACUCGCCCCGAGCAAUGUGUGACCGAGCACUCUAUCUCUUCGAAUACCCGGACGAGAACCACAAGGACAGGACAAUCAAUAGUGCCGUGGACUAUAACGAGACAGGAAAUGGCGACUUCAUAAGCAUAUUCAAUAACGUCAAGGAUUGGGCGUCUGCUCAAGGAGAGGAAAUCGUCUUUUUCGACUGUCACGAGGAGAGCCUCAAGGUCAACCGCGAACUAGGCGUCCGUGUCGAGAUCGUUAGCCAUCGCACUGGAGUAACUUGGGACAUAUACAAUCGUGCGCUCGAGAAGUAUGGCCACGGGGGUGGCGGUGGUGGUGGUGGCGGCAAGGGGCCUGAUACACCGUAUUAUGGUCAACCGAAAUUGGGCAAACUUCUCGGCGAAGGGUUAUUUUCCAAAGUCUAUGACGCGGCAGGCGAUUCAGACGCAGUGAUCAAGGUGUUGAAAAACUGGACUACAGAGCAACGACGUCGUCUACUCGAAAUCUAUGCUGUCGUCAAGAGUGGUCGCCCCUUUGACCCAGGCAACAAUCAACAAGACAAGUAUCUUCUCAUGAUCGCCUUGGAACUCCGUAACCUCGAAAUGAUAAAGGAACUCAAGGAUCCGAAACCAGAAGACUUCUCCGGAUGGUUCAAAAUGAAAAAGAUUGAGGGGACCCAUAUCUGGAAGCACCAUCUAUACAAGAAACAUCCGUUCGGCGUCAAGUUCCAAGAGUUUGUCAAGGCGUGCAUGCACCUCACCGUGGAUGCAGUUGAGCACGUCGUCAAGACAUAUGGUGUCGAGCAUUGCGAUGCACAUUUCAAGAAUGUAGUUUACGAUUUCGAUGGGGACAAACCUGUACGGGCGAGACUUCUGGAUUGGGGUAUCGCCGUUAAAAUGCGCUGGGACGGUAGUCGAUACAUCCGGGGAGAUGAUUUCCAACUGAUUGUCCCCCAAUAUCAAGAUUCUAAGCCUGGGCUGAAAUAUACUCCCGACGAAUUCCGGCGCUAUUGGGUCGGGUGGAUGGUGAAGACGGAGUACACUGCUCUCUGGUCGAGGAAUACCAUUACACAGAAAGAUGGCCAGGAAUUCUUGAAGGAUUUAGACUGGUGGUAUCAUCGCCGAUAAACAAUGAUUUUAAAUAUUUACCUUCCGAUGUCUUCAAUUGCUGUAGAGUACUGUGUAGUGUACUGAAUAACAAGAAUUCAAAUAUUCAUUCCCCAC